AUGAUGAGAAGAUAUUACUACUCAAAGAGUACCAUUCUGUUAGUUGCAUGUGUGAGCCUUUGCUUGUUGUUUGCUUUGGCAUCGGAACGUUUGCGUGUUGAAUCCUCUCAAUCCAUGUUGCCAAACAACAAUAACAAGAAGAAUUGUUCAGGCAUUGCCCGUAAUGCCGCUGUUGAGCUUCAUGAAGUUACAACAACUCCCGAACAACAACAACAACAAAACUCUACCACCUCCCUUCAACAACAAAAAGUUGAGAAUCCUCGCCAAAUGCUCGUUACUGGAUCAGCUGGUUUCAUUGGAUAUCAUCUUGCAUUGAAAUUGGCAACUGAAGAAUUCAACUAUUGGAGCCAGCUCAUGGAUGAUGGUAAAUACUCACCUCAUCAUGACCAUAGUAGUGUCAUUAUAGGUAUCGACAACUUUAAUGACUAUUACUCGACUGAUUUAAAGUACAUGAGAAGAAGAAUGUUACAAGAUGCCAUUGCUAACUUCAAUGAGAAACUUUCCCACAAAGCAUUGUCGUCUUCUAAUUUUGGAGAGUCAUCAGAAGACAAACCCAAUGCUUCAAAUUUCAUCCAUUUUGAACUUAUUGAGGGUGAUGUUUGUAAUUCUACCUUGUUACAAUCCAUUUUUGCUCGUUUUAAAUUUACUCAUAUCCUUCACAUGGCAGCUCAAGCUGGUGUUCGAUAUUCCAUUGAGAAUCCACAAACUUAUAUUCGAAAUAACAUCUUGUGCCAAAUUGAAUUACUUGAAGUGGCUGUCAAGUAUCAAAAAGCCGAACCUCCUGUAUUUAUUUAUGCCUCCUCUAGCUCUGUUUAUGGAAAUAUUCAAGAGUUUGAUCCUUCUCCUUUCCAUGAAGGAAUGAAUGUAAAUAAGCCUUCUAACGUUUAUAGUGCAUCUAAAAUUGCUCAAGAACUCUUUGCUGAAACAUAUAAUUACUUGUACAAUGUACCUGUGAUUGGUCUUCGUUUUUUCACAGUCUAUGGUGAAGCAGGAAGACUUGAUAUGGCUCUUUUCAAAUGGGUCGAUCAAAUUGUGAAGGGACAACCUAUCACCUUGUACACGACUGAUAAUAAUAAGGAAUUGAUGAGAGAUUUUACCUAUGUUGAAGAUAUUGUUCAUGGUAUUGUGAAUUCAAUGAAAUAUGGAGAACGUGUGAGAAGAGAAGAAGGACGUGCUGUUCAUGAUGUUUUCAAUUUGGGAAACAACAAACCAGAACGAGUGGUUGACUUGAUUAAAUACAUUGAGACAGCAUUGGAUAAGAAAGCCAUUAUCACACUUUCUAAAAAGCCACCCACAGACAUGACCAUGACCUAUGCAGAUAUAACCCACAGUCAAAAGUUAUUGAACUAUGAACCAAAGACCAAGCUCCAAGAUGGAGUUCAAAAGUUUGUCAAAUGGUAUCUCGACAAUUAUCACUUCUCAAAGAAGAGUGGAACUGAUAAUGUGAUUGUUACCACCUACUUUGUUACUAAGGGUCAUCCUGAAAGAGAUGAACACUAUGGCGACUCGUGUUUUGAGCCCAUGAAAGAGUGGUAUGACUCGGUUCACAAACACAAUUUGAGAGCAGUCAUUUUCUAUGAUGAUGCCAAACUCUAUGAGAAGUGUCGAUUCGACAAAUUGACCACCUACAAUGUGAAAUUUGAACUCGUUCAACUCGGAAAUCGUUCCACCAACGACGAAAGAUUCUUUGUGUAUGAACAAUACUUGAAGCGAGCUCAACAAAGAUCCACUCCAGGUCUCAAUCUGGUACCAAAGAGAAUUCUCAUGACUGAUCUUUUUGACAUUCGAUUCAAUAGAGAUCCAUUCGAAUACAUGGCCUCCUUCGACAAACCAUCAGGUCCAACUCAACAAGACCCUUGUCCUCACUCAGCCCAUUGUAUGAGUGACAAACUUUUUAUUGGUUCCGAACCCACAACUAUUCGUUCCUCAGUAUGGGCUCAACAAAAACUUGCUCAAUGUGGAAUCACCAUUGAUCCAGUGAGAGGAACCUUUUAUUACAACACUUCCCUUCCAGAUCCAUUCACCACUCUUUCUAAUAAGGAAACUUCUUUAGAUUCCAUUCUCCUCAAUCCAGGAAUUGUCGGUGGCUCAAGCGAAACCAUCUUUCGCUUGUUGUCCAUUUACAAUGAAUUUCUAAGAGCCUCUCCUCUUCAUGCCAACUGUAACACUCCUGUUUUUAACAUGCUCAUGUAUCAACAUGCUGAAUUUCAAAACCAUCAAUUCCAAAGUGAGCAAGAAGAUGACAACAUGACAACAGAAGCAUCUCAUGACCAUUUGCGUUACAUCACAGGUCAACCCUUGCAUACUGUGUUUAAGGAGUUUGACCUCUCUGACACCUUUUACAUUAAACACAAAUAA